GCUCGGGGCUCGGCUCCGGGAGAGCUCGGGCGGGAGCCCAGAGAGAGCCGCACGGGGACCUCAAGCCAGACCCCAGCGUCCCGCCGCCACCUCGGCCCGGGCCCGCCCCGCCCCGGCCCCGCCCCUUUCCAGCCCGCCCCACCCCCUCUACGCCCCUCCACCCGGACCCCGCCCCCUGGGCAGCCCCCCCGCCCUCUCCGCCCGGGCCCCGCCCCCUCCCCCUGGCCCUCGCCACCGGUCCAGGGAGGGGACGGCGGGACAGGCGGGACCGGUGGGACCAGCGGGAGGGCGGACAGGGCGGGGACAUGGCCGCGGCGCCGGGAGGGUCAGCGCAGCCCGCUGGCCCCGGCCCGCGCCUGGGUUUCAGCACCGCGGACAGCGGCGUCGGCAUGAGCGGGCUACAUCCUGGCCCCGCCGUGCCCAUGAAGGACCACGACGCCAUCAAGCUCUUCGUGGGGCAGAUCCCGCGGGGCUUGGACGAGCAGGACCUCAAGCCGCUGUUCGAGGAGUUCGGCCGCAUCUACGAGCUGACGGUGCUGAAGGACCGGCUCACCGGCCUCCACAAAGGCUGUGCCUUCCUCACCUACUGCGCCCGGGACUCUGCUCUCAAGGCCCAGAGUGCACUGCACGAGCAGAAGACCCUGCCAGGGAUGAAUCGUCCGAUCCAAGUGAAGCCAGCUGCCAGUGAGGGCCGAGGAGAGGACCGAAAGCUGUUUGUGGGGAUGCUGGGCAAGCAGCAGGGUGAGGAGGACGUCAGACGCCUGUUCCAGCCCUUUGGCCACAUCGAGGAGUGCACGGUCCUGCGGAGUCCUGACGGCACCAGUAAAGGCUGUGCCUUUGUGAAGUUCGGGAGUCAAGGGGAAGCUCAGGCGGCCAUCCAGGGUCUGCACGGCAGCCGGACCAUGGCGGGCGCCUCGUCCAGCCUCGUGGUCAAGCUGGCGGACACUGACCGGGAGCGCGCGCUGCGGCGGAUGCAGCAGAUGGCCGGCCAGCUGGGCACCUUCCACCCCGCGCCACUGCCGCUAGGGGCCUGCGGCGCCUACACCACGGCGAUCCUGCAGCACCAGGCGGCCCUGCUGGCCGCGGCACAGGGCCCAGGCCUAGGCCCGGUGGCGGCAGUGGCGGCCCAGAUGCAGCACGUGGCGGCCUUUAGCCUGGUGGCUGCUCCUCUGUUGCCCGCGGCAGCAGCCAACUCCCCGCCCGGCAGCGGCCCUGGCACUCUCCCAGGUCUUCCGGCGCCCAUCGGGGUCAAUGGAUUCGGCCCUCUGACCCCCCAGACCAACGGCCAGCCGGGCUCCGAUACGCUCUACAAUAACGGGCUCUCCCCUUACCCAGCCCAGAGCCCCGGCGUGGCUGACCCCCUGCAGCAGGCCUACGCUGGGAUGCACCACUACGCAGCAGCCUAUCCGUCGGCCUAUGCCCCAGUGAGCACAGCUUUUCCCCAGCAGCCUUCAGCCCUGCCCCAGCAGCAGAGAGAAGGCCCCGAAGGCUGUAACCUCUUCAUCUAUCACCUGCCUCAGGAGUUUGGUGAUGCGGAACUCAUACAGACAUUCCUGCCCUUUGGAGCCGUUGUCUCUGCUAAAGUCUUUGUGGAUCGAGCCACCAACCAGAGCAAGUGUUUUGGGUUUGUUAGUUUUGACAAUCCAACUAGUGCCCAGACUGCUAUUCAGGCAAUGAAUGGCUUUCAAAUUGGCAUGAAGAGGCUCAAGGUCCAGCUAAAGCGGCCCAAGGAUGCCAACCGGCCUUACUGAUCUGCUCUCACCGACCAGCCACAGAAAGAAACGGAAGAGUGAGAAGAAAGGAGAGGAAAAGCACAGAAACGCUUGAGCAGCCCUUCCCAAAGGAGCAGCUGCGGACAGACGGAGGUGGAUCGGACCCAAGGCUGGUGCCUGGGGCUAAGGCCACUCUAAGGAUUGUUUUUAUCAAGUGGGUUGUUCUGUGCCUGCAGUAUAGCGCGCAGGCUGGCAGAGCAACUAGGGCUGGUGAAGAGUGACUGUCCAGGGGAACCAGCAGAGGGCGUUGGGGGUGCCAAGGGCUUCUCCACAAGGGAAGCCCAGAUUCACUUCUUACAAAAUCAUAUCAUUCCUUAGAGUUUAGGGACCAAAGGACUACUGCUUUUUUAAAGAAUAUAUAUAUCUAUAUAAAUUAAAACAAAGAAACAAACAAACAAAAAGACAAACAACAACAACAAAAGACAGUAUAGAGUCUCAUAAAAGCUGCCUUUAAAUAUCCCUAGGAGACAGGGUGAAGGAGACCCUUGACAGCCCCAGCCUAGGCAGAGGGAGGCUGUGGAAAUAUUGUUCUGUGUCUCAUUCCCUCUGAAGCCACUCCCCGACCCUUCCCUUUUAAAAAUAAUUAAGGAUUUGAGGUCUAGGCUCAUAUGCAGGUAAUGAGAAAGUUAUAGAAGCAGUGAACCCACAAUCCACAAUCCUCAAACUCAGAGUGCAUCCCGGAAGAGGCCCCAGGCGGAGCUCAGGUCCGCCCUGGCCUUUGCCAUCCCAGGAGGCCCCCUAGCCAGCAAGAGUGGGACUGCCUUUCCUGUGGAACCACUGCUUCCCCAGGCAGGAAGAAAGAGGGAGUUCUGGCCACCUGAGCCUUUCCCUUGCCAAUCCAGGUAGACAGAGGCCCUGCCUUUGGCUGAGCUGAGACACCUCUUGUUUCCCUUCCCCUUGAACCAGUCCCAAUGUCCCCUUACUCCAGGCUACCUUCUGUCUCUUAGUCUAAGUUUGCCCACCUGUAAAGUAGAUUCAGGGUAUCUGUAGAGGGCUGUGACAACAGACUUGGAAGGUUUGCUACUGUAUAUACUGCCAUUGAGAAGGGGAAAUUUUUCAACAUGUAGAAGCUUCAGAAUUAGAGGUCCCUCUUUACCCCAGACCUGAGAGGGAAGUAGAUGUUUUGCCAAAAUACUUCUUCAUUCCUUUAAAAAGUACAUCUUUCCUAUGCAAGAGUGUCUCACAUGUGCUUAACCGAGGUGCUUCUAGUUGGUGAGCAGUGUUGAGCUUAGAAGUGGUGUGUGCUCUGUCUGUCUGUCUUUGUCUGUCUGUUGUAUACAGUGGGUGCCAUAUAAAGCUGAUCAAUGGUGGUGCUUCCUGCCUGCUUCUGUGAGAUGGGCAAAAGAUUCAGCUUAGAACACCAUGACUCACCUUGCCUUGGUCAGCCUUUCCUGGGCCUGUAGGGCCUUGCACAUAUUUUUCCCAGGAGGAUUUCCCCUCCACCCCACAGACAUGGAUCAGCUUAGUCUGAGGCCCCAGCUGUGUGGGGUCACUCUAAUCCCCAGAUGUUGCUGAGGCUGAAGGCCUCUGAUCUGAUAACAUGUCAGAUAGUAAAAGAUGUGGGGGUGGGGUUGGAGGACUCCUCCUUCAUAACAGUUUCUAAGAAAACUUGUUCCCACCUGUU